UGUGAACUGUUAGUUGAAGGCGAACUGCUCUUGAAUUAACAUGCAUAACUUUUUGCAUUAGUCACGUGCUAUUCGUCAUCGAUCAUACCAUCUAUCAAAUAGUUUCAAUCAAUUUGAAAAUGGAUUGAAAACUUUUUUGAAAAAUGUCAUAAAAUCAAAUUAAUACUACACCAAGUUGAUCAUCAAUUUAUCAUUAGUUUAUUAUUAUUUGUGAUAAUAUUCAACUACAGAGACCUACUUGUGCGUUAUAAAAUACUCCGAAUUGUGCGUGAGAAAAUGAGUGAAUGAAUAAGAAGGAGAGACUUGACUAGCGUGUCAAGGACCUCGCUAUAAGUUUACUUGCAAUGCAACAAGUCGACGGGCAUUCUACUUACUUGUUUUUUAUCAUCAUGAUAUAAAAAAAUAAUUCUCGGUUAGCAUUUCUUCGUAAUUAAUAAAAUAUUUCUACUAUUCUGUGCUGAUGCUUGACUUCUAAGCUAGUUGAUAAUUAACGGUGUGUAAUCCAGUACAGCUAACAGAAUGUCAGUUGAUCGUAUACUAUACAACAUGCAGUGUAACUGUGUGCUCUGAUAGGAAUCACUAAGAAUUUUUAGAUACUGGAACAGUCUUCAGCAAACUGGUAACAGUAAGGCUUUCAAGUUUCGCGGAGAAUCGUCUUCAGAAGAACGAAAAAAGUCAAGUAAGAUUGAUAUGAAUGUGCAGAGACUAUAGACGAAAAACAUGAAAGAUUAUCAAUUCCCAAUCGAUGUGUCCGGUGUAGCAAAGGAUCAUCCUUUCUUAGAGCCUGACUCGCUUCAGAGUUUGUAUCGGAGACUUGAUGCGCUUAACCGUUGCGCAAAUAUGAAACUCGAUACGAAUCACACCCACCAUCAUCACAACACGAGCCACAGCAAAAGCGGUGGAGGUGACGAUUCAGAUGAAGAUACUCAGUGUGCUUUGAGCGAGAAUUGGACCUAUGAAAAAAAGACUAGAAGAUGGUCUAGGAUUUGUGAUAUCAGUCAAGCUAAUGUUGAAAGGCUUCAAGCUAUUGCUGCACUUAAUCGUACAGAUACACUGGAAGAUCGUUUGGAGGCUGAAGAAUCAGAAGAUACAAUGAUUGAUAGUAACAUGAAGUUUGAAAAUAUUGCUCUAAACCAACUUUCAGAUGAAUUAAACACCAAGUUUCGUCGAACUGGAUCAGAGCGACUUCGUGAUGGAGCUAAAGCGUUACUCAGACGUGUUGAGUCAUUAAAAUCACGCCGAAGGAAACGGCAGAACCGUGAGGGGAUCGUUAUCAGUGGACCACAAGUAUUGGAUGCUAUAUCGAUGCAGCAGAAGGUAAAAGAUCUUAACUGCGUAGAUGUUUCUCCAACUGGGCCGGCACCAGUUUCCUUUGGAAGUUUACUUCCACCGUCACCCAUCAAUCGAUCAGUAUCGCCAUUAACUUUACCACCUUCACCUUAUCACCUGGCAUCCAGUAAUCAGACAUCAGUGAGCCCCUUUGGCGAUGACUCAUCAAGUUAUUGUUCAGAUGGUUCACAAGGUGGUGGACCCACUUUAACACCAACAAGGAUCAGAUUAAACAAAGCAAAAAAAUUAAUUCAUCGUGGGCGUGAUGAUCAAGGUGCUUUGAGUGAUUCAGAAUGUCAACCAUCCAGCUGGAGACACAAGUAUUUAUCUAAAGAUGCUAACAGUAAUAAUACUAAAGGCUUUGAGUAUGUUAUUCCUCAUCCUCAAGCAUUAAAAGAUACCGGAAAAUCAGCUCUAAUAAACACUCGAGGUGGGAGUCUCAAUCUCGGCAAAGAAUCACAGGGUUUUCGUGAUAAAUUAAGUCAAUCAAAAUAUAAAGAGGACAAAGUAGCCGUACUCAAACGAGAAGAUAAAUUUCACAAAAGCUUCAGGUACACUCGAGAUGACUCUUUAAAAGAAUGCAAACAGUUGUCGAAAGAAGUGACAGUGUAUCGAGAAAAAUCUGGGUCAAGAAGUUCGGAUCUGGCUGAUAGUCAAGAGAGCAGUUCCACGAUGGCUAGUCGAGACUCAGAUCAAGAGGAUGAAUCUCCAAGACACAAAAGUACUGUUGUAAGGUGGCACAGUUUUCAAAGAGGUUCUUUAUAUCCUGAACUAAAUCCACUAUGUAACAGAGCAAUGGCAUCUAUGUCGUGCGGUCAAUUGCUUGUUCUAAGGAAGCUAUCGUUGUUGAAGCUUACAGCAUGCAUGGAACGCUAUUGUCCUACGCAUCGUACUGGAUGGAAUUGGGAAUUACCAAAAUUUAUCCGAAAAAUUAAAUCACCUGAUUACAAAGACAAAACUGUUUUUGGUGUUCCAUUACUUUUAUCGUUGCAACGGACAGGACAAGCCUUACCUAAAUGUAUUCAAAUAGCUUUGAGGUGGCUACGAACUAAUGCUUUAGAUCAAGUUGGUAUAUUCAGGAAGAGUGGUAUGCGGUCAAGGAUACAAAAGUUAAAAGCAAUGACGGAAACUCAAGGUGAUAAUAUAAACUUUGAUGGGCAACAAGCGUUUGAUGUGGCCGAUUUAGUUAAACAAUAUUUCCGAGAAUUACCAGAAGCUUUGCUUACUAAUAAACUGUCAGAAACAUUUAUUGCCAUUUUCCAACAUGUUCCUCCAGAAUUACGUCCAGAUGCAGUACAGUGUGUUCUGUUGUUAUUACCUGAUGAACAUCGUGAAGCGUUAGAAACACUUUUAGACUUUUUGCAUCAAGUAGCAAGUAAUGCACCAUACAAUCAGAUGACUGCUUUCAAUUUGGCAGUAUGUUUAGCGCCAAGUCUAUUCCACUUAAAUCACAGCAAUGCAAAUGUAACUAACAGAUCAAGUAGUGUAUCACCUCGGAGAAGAAAAACUGUUGGCAUGGUAGAUCAACGAGAGUUAUCAGAAAAUAAAGCUGCUUAUGACUGUCUUCUGUAUCUAAUAAAAACGCAUCGUCAAUUAUUCAUGAUUUCUUCAGACAUGCUGACGCAGUGCCACUUUAACUACAUGGAGGAGAGUGUACCAGUUGGAUUGGAGGAAUUGGGAUCUGAAAUGAAGCAAGACUGGAGUGGAUAUAUGCAUGCUUGUACGAACGCUUUGUUGAAAGAAGCACGUGAGAAGAGUCGCGGUUGGGUAACAGUUAACAAUCCUGCGGAUACUAGCGUUGAAAUGGCAUAUAAAAAAGUUGGAGAUGGUCAUCCACUUCGACUUUGGCGUGUUUCAACGGAAGUUGAGGCUCCACCUCAUGAAUUACUCCAUCGUGUACUGAAAGAGAGACACAUUUGGGAUCCACAGCUAUUGAAAUCUCGAGUGGUAAAGCAAUUGGCUACGAAUGCAGAAAUUUUUCAAUACGCUGCGGGGAAUAUGUGUCCAUUACCUGCUCGAGAUUAUUGUGUUCUGAGGACUUGGCGUACGGAUCUACCCAAGGACGCUUGUGUAAUUGUAGAAACAUCCGUUCAACAUCCGGAUGCACCAGUAAUGCCGGGUGGAACUCGUGGGAUUGUAUUGGCUUCACGUUAUCUAAUAGAAAAAUGUGGUAGUGGAAAGUCACGUAUAAUGCAUUUGUCCAGAGUAGAUACAAAGGGACGGACUCCAGAAUGGUAUAAUAAAAGUUAUGGCCAUAUUGCGGCCCUUUAUUUAAGUAAGAUCCGCAAUUCUUUCAAGCACACUACCGACGGUCCCGAAAGUAAAGUCUGAGAUAACGCCUCCGUACAAUGCUCGUCAUUGUACGGAUCACAAGUCUUCGAGCAAGAAUCCACUGCAUCUGAUUAUUCAUCGGGAUCAAGAGAUGACAUGGAUUUCUUAACGGUUCCCUCAGCAACAAAUCAAGAGUAAAUAUCUCCACGACAAACAUUUACAUUUUAAAUAACUGAUAACGAACCUAAAUGUAUCAUAUUUAUUUGAUAUUUUUUUCAUAUCAAUUAAAAUACCAAGACCAAUAUAAAUAAAGUAAAAAAGAUCUAAAACAAAUGAUAUUUAGCUAGAAAGCAGCAAAGAAAUGAUCCAAUUAUAUUUUUUAAACCCAAUCAGAAUGAAGAUCUGAAUAAAUUAUUUAAUCAAAAGUGAAAAUAUUUAAGAAAAUAAGACACUAUGUUAAUAUUUUUUGUAGCUA